AUGCCUCGCGCAACUUCAGAUCGCUUCAUACGCGCGCACCAGCCUUCGGCGAAGAAGGCGGCGGCGAAGGAGAGCUCGGACGGUGCUGGGUCUAGCGCGGUGCACAACCCCAUCUUCAAUACCGAACGGUUCGGACAGCAUAUCCUCAAAAACCCGCUAGUUGCACAGGGAAUUGUAGAUAAGGCAAACUUGCGGCCGACGGAUCAGGUGCUCGAGGUCGGCCCUGGUACCGGUAAUCUAACGGUGCGGAUAUUGGAAAAAGCAAAACAUGUUACAGCGGUGGAGAUGGAUCCUCGCAUGGCCGCAGAGCUCACAAAACGAGUGCAGGGAAAACCCGAACAGCGAAAACUAUCCAUCAUGAUCGGCGACUUCGUCAAAGCCGACCUGCCCUACUUCGACGUCUGCAUCUCCAACACGCCCUACCAGAUCUCCUCUCCCCUCGUCUUCCGCCUCCUCUCGCACCGCCCCCUCUUCCGCGUCGCCAUCCUCAUGUUCCAGCGCGAGUUCGCGCUCCGCCUCGUCGCCCAACCCGGGACGGACCUCUGGUCCCGGCUCUCCGCGAACGUGCAGCUCUACGCCAAGGUCGACCACAUCAUGAAGGUCGGCAAGAACAACUUCCGCCCGGCGCCGAACGUGGAGAGCAGCGUGGUCCGGAUCGUGCCGCUCGACCCGCCGCCGCCCGUGCGGUUCGAGGAGUUCGACGGGCUGACGCGGAUCAUCUUCGGGCGGAGGCACAAGACCGUACACGCGAAUUUCCAGGCGAAGGGCGUGAUGGAGAUGCUGGAGAAGAACUAUAGGACGUGGUGUUCUGAGCGCGAUCAGAUCGUCGAGGACGACUUCGACAUCAAAAACGUGGUGCAGAAAGUCCUCGAUGAGACGCAAAACUCGGAGAACCGUGCCGCAAAGAUGACCGUAAAUGACCUGCUCAUACUAUUGUCGGCCUUCCACGACGCUGGCAUCCAUUUUGCGUAGAAAUCGUUUCCUGGUCUCGCUGCUUUUGCUCUUCUCCUUGGGAUGUAUUCGUGAUUGGCUUUACGCUUCUGUGUGCUAAUAUAUGUGCUACUUGCUCC